AUGAAGUUCAUCAACGCCAUCUUCUUCGCGGCAAUCGCCUCCGCUCGCAGUCUUGUUCAGCCCAUCGGUCCAAGGUUUGAUCCGAAAUUUGAAGUGCCAAACUCAGUACGGCGGCUUAGCGCGCAGGUGAAGGAUCCUGCCUUCGAGGCGAAUAGUACUACCUUCCAAGUUGGCUCCGCAGCUGUAGGCGUCGCUUUUAGCAGUUGCUACCAGGGUCUACUCUUGUCCCAGGAUUUCUCCAGCAAAACGAUUGACGUUCUUCGGGGUCAUAUCAAUCAAACCAAUGUGGCCUUCGACUCCCUUCGGACCGUCCUGUUCGAAAAGAGGCCGCUUUUCAUAAAUGCCGGUCAGGAAGCGUGCACUUCCGUUGCAGAUGCAGCCGAACUUAUGCAUAAUACAUAUUACAUACUGGGAAGAAUGAUGACCGGCGUAGCGCCAAAGCACAUGAACGAAACCAGAAAGGCAACCAGGGAAAUCCUCGACAUCAUAAAAGAUAUCUAUCAGGCUUACACGGAUAGCUGA